AUGGAUGAGUAUGGCGGCUUACGUCCAGUAAUUGAAUCAAUGAGCAGAAAUAAUGAACAAUUACAGUAUCCUCAUUAUCACAAAUCACCAUCCUCAGCCAGUGAUAAGAUAAAACGCCAGCAAAAUUGCGCCAAUGAUUCAUUCAUUUUGGAAACUAUUCUCAAGAAAUAUAAUCGCCAUAAAAUUCCAGGAGAUUCAGUGAUUGUUCAGGUGGAAGUUUGGGUACAAGAGAUUACAACGAUUAGCGACAUCACUUCUGAUUUUCAAUUGGAUAUUUACAUCAGUGAGAUGUGGCUUGAUCCGGCGUUGGAUUAUUCUUGGAUGCAACCGUGCAAAUAUAAUUUAUCGCUGAACAGUGUUUUGUUGGAGAAACUUUGGACACCUAAUUCAUGUUUUAUCAAUUCAAAAACUGCCGAUAUACAUCGAAGUCCAUUUCCGAAUAUUUUUUUAAUGAUUUAUUCUAAUGGAUCAGUGUGGACCAAUUACAGGCUCAAAUUACAAGGACCAUGCAUAAUGGAUUUAACGAGAUUUCCAUUCGACAAUGUUACAUGCUCGCUUACUUUUGAAAGCUUUAACUAUAAUACGGAUGAAGUUGAAAUGGUUUGGUCACCACUCGGUGUUUCGAAAAUGCGUGAAAAAAUGGAACUUGCUGAUUAUGAACUGACCGGUAUUGAGAAUUUCAGGAAGACCGAGCCUUAUCCCGCUGGUUUUUGGCAUGAAUUAACAAUGAUAUUUCAUUUUAAAAGACGCGCUGGAUGGUACAUUCUACAAGCUUAUCUGCCAACUUACCUUACUAUUUGUAUAUCAUGGAUUUCAUUUGCACUUGGCUCUAAAGCAAUACCAGCUCGAACAAUGUUAGGCGUUAAUUCACUUCUUGCAAUGACUUUUCAAUUUGGCAAUAUUAUAAGAAAUUUACCACGGGUUAGCUAUGUCAAGGCAAUAGAUGUUUGGAUGUUAAGUUGUAUGACUUUCGUCUUCUGUUCACUGUUAGAACUUGCCUGGGUUGGAUAUUUGAGCAGGGAAGAAUUGGAUGUACCAAAAUCGGUAAUAACAAAAAUAUCACCAACAGUACAACCGGAUGAUGACAGUUUCAAAUUAGCUCAUCAAGACCGUUAUGAAACUAAUUCUCUAAUUCCUAGACGAAGAACAGGAAUUGAGGAAGAGAAUGCAUUGAUAUGUCUUGCACGUGGUAAUGAUUACGGUUACAUACCACCCGGUUACGGUCUCAAUGAUCAUUUAAGAGCAACAAUGGCUUCAAUAGCUGGUCCAUGUGGUUGUUUACAACAACAACAGCCAAUGCAAAAUACAAAAUCCUAUUCACCAAUUCCUACAUCGUUGUACGAUCCUGCCACACUCAUCAAACAAAGGGAACAAGCAACACAAUAUAUUGAUAAGCUAUCAGCAAUACUGUUUCCCACGCUAUUCAGUGUAUUUAAUAUUGCAUAUUGGUAUCAUUACCUCAAAGACUGA